CCCGGGCCAGACGGCAGGACUGGCCAGGGCAGCUGUCCAGACAAGCAGCCUCUGGAGGACACAUACAAGGAAGGGAUGGGAGCUGCCCGGCCUCUCCCCGCUCUGGGCCCUGUGGUCAUGGUCCCCCAGAGAGGGCCACUCCUGCUGCUGGCCCUCAGCCUGGGCCUGGCUUGUGCCCAGCAGACGCUAGAAGAGGUGCCCGUACAGCCAGGCUUUAAUGCCCAGAAGGUGGAGGGGCGCUGGCUGACCAUCCAGCUGGCCUCUAGCCGUGCACACCUGGUCUCCCCAGCCGACCCCCUGAAGCUCGGCCUCCAUUCCAUCUGGACCCGGGAUGAGGAUGUGACGUUCGUCUUGUUUUGGACAGGAGAGGGCGUGUGCCAAGGAGUCAACGUCACCGUCCACCCGACUGGUCUCCAAGGCCAGUUCCAAGGCUCCUGGGAGGGAGGCAAUAGUAUGCACGUCUGCUUCGUUGGCACCGACUACAGUAACCUCGUUCUUUACGUCCGCCUCGAGGACGCCGGCGAGGUCACCAGCCUGUGGGCGCUGCUGGCCAGAACGACGCCCGGGGACCCCACGUGGCUGGGGAAGUACCUGGAGUACAUUAGGGAGCUCCGGCUGCACAAAGCCCCGGUCUUCAAUCUCGAUGCCCGGUGUCCCCCAGCUGAAGCCUAGGUCAGGGCCGCCCGAGGCUUCCUGUCCGGCCCUCCUGCCCCCUGCCCUCGCCUCUCCCCGCUUCCCCCACCUUGCUUGCUCCGGUGCCUCCCAACCCCCCCAGGCAGCCCCUCCAGCCUGGGCCUGGCCCCCACCUGUCCGCCUCCCAGCCUCUCCCGGCCCGGCCCAGGGGCGUGAGAACGCUCUAGGAGGGGACAGGUGGCCCCCGGAAGUCUGGGCCACAGCGAACACAGCACUGCAGUCUGGCGGAUGGGGCCACCCGUGGAGUCCUUUCAUGGACACGACCCUGCGAGGGGCUGGACUGUACCCUCUGACCUGCUCCCGCCACCUGGGUCCUGCUAGGAUGACUCCAGAGAGGUGCCCUGGGCCCCGUGAGCCGAUGCAACGAGUCCCCGCCCAGGUCAGAGGGCGCCGAGUGAGCGCAGCACCAGUCCGUGCUCCCCAGAGGAGCCAGGUCAACACAGGCCCGUGCGCCUGCGCCACAGAUGAGACAUGCCGGCGCCGUCCCCUGGAAGUCAAGGCCACUACGAGGGCAGUGCCCGGACGGAAGGCGUCCCCCUCUGCCCAGAAUAAAACGGGGCAAACCGAUGGCCCCUACCUGCCAGUAGCAAGGACAGCCAAGCCUAUGGUGAGGUUCUGUCUCCCGUAGUAUCUCCCCAGGACCUGUCUAUUGAAGGUGCCUUCCCAUAUGACUGGGGCCAGCCAGUCUGUGAUUGUUACAACAUCAGGGCGUUUCCUGUUAACAGACGAGAAGCCAGUGAAGCCGGUGCCCCAGCGGAGGCCGUCCAAGCGACACCGGCUGACGCCUACAGAGCCCUUACCAUGUGCCGGGCACUGUGUUGGUGUUCAUUCGGUCCUUGCAGUGGUCUGUGCGGGAAGCACAAUUAUGGUCCUUGUUCUUGGUGUGCAGAAACAGAGGCACAGAUCAGUGGAGCGAGCUGCCUAAUACCGCAGAGCUGACACAUGUGGGUCAGUAUGCGAGACCCAGCACCUGCUGCUUUUGUCACCACGCCACCUGCCUCUGGGCCCAGGGGCAACCUCUUCUGAGCUCCGGCUCAGCUGAACGGAGGCAGCUCAGAGUCAGAACGCCCUCUGGUAUCGCCUGAAGCCAGGGCUGCACGCACACUACCUCUGCGUCCCUAUGCUUUAUCUUCCCUUCCUCCUCUUUUUCUCUCCCUCCCCUUUCCCUAGAAGAUCCAGAAGGUGCUUUCUCUAAACUUCCCCCUCUUGCAUUAGGUCCAUUAGUGCAAUCUGGCAGAAAUAAAAAGUCUAAAAAGGA